AUGCUUGUCUUCAAAAAAACCCCACAAAAACAGAAUGUGAAUGAAAACAAUCAGGGAAACAAUGGCAGAAACUCCCACCAGACUGUGAGCAUCAAUAACGAUAAGCACGUGGCCAACAUUGACUCAAACAACGGCUGGAACUCAUGGAACUCCGUCUGGGACUACGGCAAUGGUUUCAUUUCAACCAGGAUACUUUCAAAGAAAGCCUGCAUCAUUGCUAAAAUUAACGAAAAAGUUAUGCCUGAUGUUGUAGAGCUUCCCCAGCUGAUUAAAGAAAAGAUGAAGGCCGGCUCUCGAGGGCCUCCCCCAGUGGAACUGCGAUUCACCGUCUCAGAAACCAGAGUCAGUGACUUGGCCCUGUAUGGGAAGUCUGUUGAAGCUAUGUGCAGAGGAAUUCCAACCUAUGUUGCUCGCGAAGCUCGUGGCAUAAUUGCCUUUGUUUUCUCUUCUGCAAAUCAUGGCCUAAUUGUAGAUGGGAAAGAAAUUGGUCUUUUUAUUUUGAUGAAGCUAGGUCAUGCUAGCUUAGGUCAUAUUGUGAUUGCCAGUCUUCUUGGUGUCUUCCUAACUCCAUCUCUUGCUACUGAUAAUGUGAAUGAAAACAACCAGGGAAAUGAUGGUGGAAAUUCACGCCAGACUGUGAGCAUCAACAACAAUAAGCACGUGGCCAACAUUGACACAAACAAUGGCUGGAACUCAUGGAACUCCGUCUGGGACUAUGGCAAUGGUUUCAUGGCAACCAGGGUAUUUUCCAAGAAAUCUUGCAUCGUUGCUAAAAUGAACAAAGAUGUCAUGCCUGAUAUUGUAGUCAUUCCCAGGCUGAUUAGCGAAAGGAAGAAGGCUGGAGCUCAAGGGCCUCGUCCGAAGGAACUGAGAUUCAUUGUCUCAAAGACCAGAGUCCUUGAUCUGACCCAUUUUGGAAAGAACAUUGAAGCUUUGUGCAGAGGACUUCCUACCUAUGUGGCUCAUGAGGCUGAGAGAAUGAAAGAAGCAAACUUCUUCUACUCAGGAAGCUGUUUUCACACUAGCAUCCUGUGGAUUAUUAAUAUUGGCUUCUGUGGUGACGUGUCAUUCAAAUAGUAAAAUCUUCACUGCUUGGAACUGGUCUGACAAGGUGCCCACUGAUUAGAUAAAACCAGGUCUGUCGUUAUUCUUCCUGUA